GAAUCUGAGAUGGAACCAUGCUCGCAUAGCAGGGGAGACCAAACAAUCGUGCAAACAACGGCCAUCUUCCCAGACAGUUCAGUGGUCUAUAUCUGCCGUUAUGUAGGGCGAGUACAGUUUCGUGGUUUGGACGCAAACGUAACACAACCCAAAGCACCAUGGGCUUUGGCAAGUACCCCCAGCGUCGAACUACAACUAACACGGUGCUCCCAUGCCACUAACUGCCACUUUAAUAACAUUUUUUACGGGCGGCAAGCUUAUGAACUCCAUGCCCACCUCAAUGGCUCCAUCAGUAUUGCCACCAUGGAGAACCUAAUUUCCCGUAAACCACAUCUCAAUAUCCAGCACAGCAUGACUGCCAUCCGCAAGGGGCAGCGCAAGACACUUGACGAAUGCUUUGAGGUUUUCAAAGUGAUUCAGCGACUAGUAGACACAGAAGAAGACAUUCUCAUGGUUGCCAAAGCUGUGAUUGGUGAGUUUGCUGCAGAUGGAGUGAAGUAUCUGGAGCUGAGGAGCACACCCCGUGAGGAGACACACACAGGUUUAACAAAGAGGAUGUAUGUGGAAACAGUCAUUGAAGCCAUUCGUCAAUGCCAACAAGAAGGUUUGGACAUUGAAGUGAGGUUUCUAGUGGCUGUUGACCGAAGGAAUGGACCUCAGGUUGCCAUGGAGACUGUUAAACUUGCAGAGGAUUUCAUGGUGUCCAGUGAUGGUGUUGUGGUUGGACUGGAUCUCAGUGGUGAUCCAAAGGUUGGUCAUGGAAAGGACCUCUUGCCUGCUCUGCAGAAAGGCAAGAACUGUGGACUAAAGCUUGCUCUACAUCUAUCUGAGGUUCCCUCCCAGAAGGAGGAGUCAGAGUUACUCUUGACCCUGCCUCCUGACAGGAUUGGCCAUGGAACAUUCUUACACCCAGAAGUGGGCGGGUCCCAAAGCUUGGUGGACAAAGUGAGGGAGAGAAAUAUCCCUCUUGAGUUGUGCUUGACUUCCAAUGUGAAGGGUCAAGUGGUGUCAUCCUACGAUAAGCACCAUUUCCUGUAUUGGUACCAGCUGGGACACCCUUGUGUACUGUGUACUGAUGAUAAGGGGGUGUUCAGCACAGAGCUCUCUCAGGAGUACCAGCUGGCAGCCUCCACGUUUGGGCUCAGCCAGGAAGCCAUGUGGGCGCUGUCCCAGCGGGCCAUCGACUGCAGCUUUGCCCCCGAUCACCUCAAGGAGAAGCUGCACCAGAGGUGGGUGUCACUCCAGCCCCAGGUCUUCCGCUGACUGCAGCUGCACCUCAGAUGGGGAUGUCCAGAUGGAUGCCCGCAACCCUCAGGGAAAGGAAUGUCUGUGGAGAAAAACAUGCUGUGUCCAGAUUCUGAAGUACCACAUUCAAAUUGGGGAACAGAAAAGCGGUUCAAUUGACCUGUGGUUUGUUAAAAUAUGUCGUACUUCGAUGAAUGUUCCGAUCACUUAAAAGCAGUCUGCUUGAAUAGAUUACAGUAACCCAUAGUAAUGUGUGAAAUACCCAAGUUGAUGCAAUUCUAAUAUAACACUGGUGAGGCUGGUGUUUAUGGCCAGGCAAGCAGAGAACUGCCGAUUUGGGACCGAGGGAAACCACUGUCAACAGAAGGUAGACCUAGGGGAGCAGGAACACGAAACCCUUUAGAGAUCAAGAAUAGUUUUUACCAGAGAUAACCUUGUGGUUUGGGUCUCAAGACCAUAAAUGUUUUGUACAAAAUUAGAAAAGUAUAAUACCUUACUUCAGGGUAGUGCCUGAGAGGGAUUAACAUCACUGGGUGUAGGUCACAUGUUUUUGGGAAAACUUGAGAUUAUGGGGUUUUGUAAUGGAUGUUAGUUUGAUGUGACACGAAACAUGAUUUUUCAUAGCUUAAACCAAUACAGAAAAUCUGACAAUUGAUCUUUUCACGAUCAGACUAAGCACAUAAAAUUACUAGUUUUUGUUAAUUUAAGUUCAAUGUAUGAACAAGGAAUUAAAGGCUGCAAAAAAGAAUUAGGUAAAUUUAUGUAUAAAACAUGCUUAAAAUAUAUCAAGUAUUCUGAAGGUCUCUGUUUUGUCACUCAAGUCCUUUCACACACUACACUGACAAAGUUGAAACGGUUACUUGAAUUGGUCUAGACUCCGUCUGGUUUUUACUUUCAGACUGUAGAAGAGAGAAACCAGACAGCACUUGCGCAGUUUGGGAACAAAUACGAAUGCAAAUGGGUACGGUCCAUGCAAAGCAUGGCUCACUUACAAUGAAACACUUGAGUUACUCGUAUCCAUCUCCCCCCCAAUGAUGUGAAAUCUUCUACAUCAUACCUUUAAGGUAUCAGUUUGAUUAUGAUAUGGGAAUCCGCAAAAUAAUCUGAACCGUUGUUCCGUUAGCUUUUCUGCAGCACAUUUGAGAGCCUAGGUGCAAUGCAUCGUUUCACAAUAUGCAGUCUGACUGAUGUAGUCUAAAAAGCAAUGCACGGAGUAAUGGUUUCAUUUUGAACAGAAAGUUGCUGAAAAAGGGUUGCAAUUCAAAUAUAAAAUAGGCCUACAUAUGGUUGCAGCCAUACUUCAGUAAGGAUGAAGGACAGUGCAUUUAGAAAAAAAAUAGUCUGGGGAGAAACAUCAGAACCCAUUAUAUGCAUGAUCUAACCUAAGAGGUGGAUGGUGUAGUUUGCCAAUGAAAGAACAAGGUAUGCCAAAAUUCAUAACUGGAUAGGGGUAGACAAGUGCUUUAAAAUCUGCUGUAAUGCAAUUAGAAAUUUGCUUGAUCCAUUUUAACAUCUUGAAUCACUCAAGUUGGAUACUCAUGUGGACCAUAACAGGUGAAAUGUAAAAGACAAACAAAUGAUUUAGACAUUGAUUUUCCUUCUAUAAAAAAAAGCAGACAGUACCCAAAGUCGGUCAAGUGCAAAUGCAAUUUUAGUGCUUUAUUUGUACAAGAGGAAAUGCACAUUUGAUUGCUGCAGCAACAUCUGAGCAUGGACCGUCAAAUUAACCUCCCACACACACACAAACACUGCCAUUCCCACACAAACAAACAGGAAAUGCAUCGAUGCCUACAUCCUCUCAAGGGUAAGACAGACCGUAGGCUAUAUAAUCACCAUUUCAGAGUGAGGAUAGCAUCUCUUAUAUUAGCAGCAUUAGCUAUCAGUCACCUGAGGCAUAAGGGGAAACCAAAUUAAAGCCAAUUUGCUACAAUAAAACAAAUAAGAAUCUGUAAACAUGAAAAUGGCCACUUUUCACAAAAGACAAGUCAAAUACUGUUUUUUGUAAUAUUCAGACAGACAAAUGGUAUACAGUGAUGAAUUCACAACAUCAUGUAACCUUUUCCGUGAAUCAUUGGUCAGUACGUCACACCAUGUCCACUUUUCACAACAUCCACUGAAAAUGCUUCACUUGACCCACUGUGCACAAUGAGACAUUGUAAAUAAAAAUGGAGUCAGACCCCAGUUCCUCCUCCCACCACCCCUUUUCAUGAACACCCCAGUACGCUUAUGGGGAUAAACUCCAUUGCUGUGUGGCAUUUACUGCUCAAAAGCACUCAACUUUUGGGAUUUCACGGAAACCAACUCUAGUCUCUUGCAGUAGUAACAGCUUAGAACAAAUAACAUUUUGAAUGGUCACAAAAAUAAAAUUUACAAACAGAUUUAAAAAACAAAAA